CAGCGGUGGCCUGGUGGAAUUGUAGUGGUCGGCAUCAACCCAAUUUUUAAAAUUUCAAGCGCCUUUAAACGCAAACUUUGAACCUUCUCUGUUACCCGGAACAACAACAGUCUGAAACGCAACCUGAAGUAUUUCAUGUACUUUAUUACACUUUUAUGUUGUAGGCGUCUGUGUUAAUAGUUUUAUCCCCUCGACUGUGUGUGCUUAGUGUGAACAAGAGUCUUGGACAUAACGCCAGUGCCUCUUAAUUGAAGUGUUUCUCCAUGGGUUCUCGUCUAAGACCCUACAUGAGUGAUACUGGACCCUUGAUUCUGGAUGGUGGACUAGCAACUGAACUGGAAGCUCAAGGAACUAGUUUACAGGGAGAUCCGCUGUGGAGCGCCAGGCUAUUGCGUACUAAUCCACAGGCCAUUAGAGAUGCUCAUUACAGGUUCCUCCUCAGUGGUGCUGAUGUUGUCACCACAGCUACAUAUCAGGCAAGCAUUACAGGAUUCAUCGCUCACCUGGAUGUGAGCUCUGAAUGUGCCAGAGAGCUGCUGAUGUCUGGAGUUCAACUGGCCGAAGAGUCAGUAAAGAGAUUUGUCUCUGACACUCGUCCAACAGGGCAGAGACGUCCCUUGGUUGCAGGCUCUGUUGGACCGUACGGGGCUUUUCUCCACAACGGUUCAGAGUACACUGGGGCUUAUGCAAAGGAGAUGAGCAUUGAGGAGCUUAAAGUUUGGCAUCGGCCACAGAUGGAUUGCUUAGCAGCAGCAGGAGCUGAUCUCAUUGCUUUUGAGACAAUCCCAAGUCUCAAGGAGGCAGAGGCUCUGGUGGAGCUGCUGAGAGAGUUCCCAAACUCUAAAGCCUGGCUCUCCUUCUCUUGUAAGGAUGGGAGGUGUAUAUCAGACGGCAGCCCAUUCACAGAUGCAGUGCAGAUUGCUAAAAGAUCCACACAACUGGUUGCUGUAGGAGUCAACUGCUGUUCUCCAGCCCUGGUGGAGCCGCUGCUGGACUCUGCCGGGUCCCUGCUGAGCCAAGACAUGAGCUGGGUGGUGUACCCUAACAGUGGAGAGGAGUGGGACGCUGAGCGGGGGUGGUUAACAUCAGGGAAAACAUCAGCAUCAAUACCUAAACUCAGUCAAACAUGGAUGAAGCAAGGUGCUGCUUUGAUAGGAGGUUGCUGCCGUAUUGGUCCAGCUCACAUAGCAGAGUUGCGACAGCAGUUAAAAGGAAGUCGCACAUCUCCAGCCUCUGCAGUGUGAAUGGACUGAAAAUAUAAUGGUGAUUGUUGUAAAGAAAGAUGUCUGUUUCAGGAAUUUAUAAAAAUUCUUAAUUUAUUGUAAAGUAAACAAAUAAAUAAACCAUUACAUCAAA